UCAAUCAUAUAGUCACAAAGCGCGGCCUGAUCAGGGCGUUGUUUCAGUCUCUUAGAUUUCCUAAAGCGCCAAGCAUGCGACUCGGGCUCCUGCUUCUUUUGCGGCUUGCAUAGGCCAUGCAAUCGCCAUCCAAAUUUCGCUCAUGAUGGGCAUCCUUCUGCCCAAAACUUUAGACGUGUUAUUGAAGUUGCGCGAAGGCAAAAACUUGUUAGAUAUAGAUAGCCAGGAGCAUGCUCUGAAAAAUCAAAUCAACAAAGUGGCGCACCAGAUAGACGAUUUGCAUCGAUUGGAGGUGAGUUCGACAUCGCGCACCCUCUCCUUGCUGCAGAGCUCCCUGCCUGAUCGAGUCGCCUUGGACCUGAAGCUGACCAAUCUCAAGGAGUACAUGCGCAAAAUCGAUGUGUACUAUAAGCGAAUGAAGCAGUAUGCUGGCUACCACACUGGAUAUAAAGUCAAUCGGAGAAGUAUUCGUGUCCGCCGAUUCGAACGAUUCACGUUGGAGAACUUUGCCACAGAGGUUGUGGCACAUCAUCCCAAUUCGGUGCAGAGCCUCAACGCACAUGUACAUGAGUACUUCAUGCCAGGCCAGCUAGGCAUCAUGAACAGCAACAUCGUAAAGUCCUUUCUAAAACUAGGAUCAGACAUUGAGAAAGGGACGCAAUGUAGCAUGCAUGAAUCUCCACAGCAGAUGCUCAUUCAUCUGUAUAAUGCAGCUGUCGCCACCGAUGUAAAGGCUUACACGAUGAUGCAGUUUUCGUACACGCUGCUUCGGCUCUACGGAAAAGGCAAUUUCACCCACGAGGGCAAUGUCGUGAAAGACGAUUACCUCCAACGUAUGCAAGAAAAGGCAGAGUCAAUGCGUGCGUCGAUAGGUGACGUAACCAGGAAGUUGUGGAAUUGUGAUCCGGAGAAAUUCAUCCAUGGCCAGAACUACGUUCAGUUUACCGAGCUGGUUCAAGGCUACAUCCAGAACGAGGUGGACCUCAACAAAGAUGGCACCUGUUGGGAUAACUGCGCAGGGUAUCAGUACACCGAGAGUUACUCUUGUUAUAAGAAUCUGUACUGCAAGCACCAGCGACGAUGUAACGGCAAAGUGAUUAACUGUAAGUUCGUGGACUCCUAUUCUGAGGUGUGCCCGGCUGCACCCGGCACGAAUCGGCGAUACGAGUACGUCGAGUACGGUGACGGGCUUAUUUACGGGAAGAAGAAUGGCGCGUGUCCCAGGAGUACCAAGAGGGCAGACAGUUGGUGGCGCUGGGUGUUCUGGCACUGCUCGUAUUGUCUGUGUCUCUGCGAUGAGCAGGGUAAAAUUCCGAUCGGUACAUUGACUUGCGACCUGUGUUAUCGCACAUUGCAGAAAAUAAAGUGGUUACCGGAAUGAGAUUCACAAAAGAAGGACGCGUUAUCCACAUGCAAAUACAAGAAGGUGUACUUGGGAAAGGUGGAGUCAUCUCAUCAGCCAGCUGGGUACCAGUUGUAAGUUACCA